UUCUCCACGGUCGGACCAGCACCAUCAAGGCGAUGGCAUUCGUGGACGAAGGGUCGUCUUUCACGUUGGUGGAGGAGGACCUCGCGGACGAGCUCGGCCUAGACGGGCCCAACCAGCCAUUACAUCUGCAAUGGACGGGAGGGAUUACUCGCGUGGAGAAGAGAUCACGCGUCGUGACCCUAAAGAUCUCGGGAACGCCACAGGGUCACCAGUACACUCUGUCCGGAGUGAAGACCGUACAGAAGCUGGAACUACCAGCGCAGACCCUCGACAGCGAAGUUCUACAAUCAAAAUACCGGCACCUGCGGGGCGUGCGACUGGAACCGUACACGAACGAGCGCCCCAAACUCCUCAUCGGGAUUGGGCACCUACAAGUAGGGCUGGUACUGAAAUGUCGAGAGGGCACAGCGAACGACCCGGUAGCCGUUAAAUCCCGCCUGGGGUGGACCGUUUGCGGGGGCGCUGACAAGGUGCAUAACGUAGCAGCCGUCCAGUCUCGGAGUAACGAAAGCCACAAGAGUGACGACAACGGAGGACGCUAGGUGUCUGGAGCUGCUAACGGCCCGCACCAGGCUGGUGGGUGACCGAUACGAAACCGGCCUACUUUGGCGAGAGGACGACGGAACCUUGCCCAACAGCCGCCCGAUGGCGCUACAACGUUUCCAACAACUACAGAGGAGAAUGAAGAGAAGUCCGGAGUUCGCACGCACCUUGAAAGAGAAAAUAAAGGAGUAUGAAGAGAAACGAUACAUAAGGAAAUUAAGUGUUAGCGAGGAGCAGCAAGACGAGCCGAGACGGUGGUACCUUCCUAUCUUUGUGGUGACAAAUCCGAAUAAACCCGGGAAAGUUCGACUCGUCUGGGACGCGGCAGCAGAGGUGCGGGGAACCUCCCUAAACUCAGCGUUGCUAACGGGGCCCGACCUGCUCUCUAGCCUGUUCGAGAUUCUGAUCCGUUUCCGGGAAGGAAGGAUCGGGGUAACGGGGGACAUCCGUGAGAUGUUCCAUCAAGUGCGGAUACGUCCCGAAGAUCAGUC